AUGGCAUUAUUCCGCAAAGCUCUCCUCUCGCCAUCACGUUGGAGAUUGGCACCUAAACGGUUAGGCCUUUGUGGCUCUCCACAUAAUUCCCCUCUUGUUUUCUCUGCUCACUUUUCUCUCUCUAAUUCAAGCCCCUGUGUGAUUGUCCCUACUUUCUCUCUUCAAUUCAAGCCAAAUUUCGGCCAUUUCUCUCUCCACAAGAGAACCACACCUCCAUCUUCAAACCCUAACUAUGAUCCUAGUUGUUGGUCCUACACAAAUGGGCCCCAUUUGGAAUCCGGGUCACCUUCAAAAUCUCAACUUGGAGAUGGGUUUGCCUCAGAUGGGUCAUCAGGUUGGCAGGAGUUGAAAUUGGAGCCGUGUAAUGGUAAAGGGAAAGAGGGGUUUGCAAACCGUAAUUACAUUGAUGAUGUUUAUGUUGAUAACAAUGGAAUUGGGUUUUUGCCAGAGAGGCAACCGGUCUGGAAAGAUGGAAAGAAAGAAGGGUUUUCUAGUGGAGUUGGUGUAAAGGCAAGAACAGUGUUGCCAUUGACUAAAAGGGUGAUGAUGAAUAUGAGGUGGGCUGUGAAUUUUCCUGGUGAGUUUGGAAUAAAAAUGCCUUACUUGAUAGUGAAUAAGAUUGGGAUUGAGAGGGUUGAGGUGUUAAAGGAAGUGAAGAAAGAAAAAAGCAAUGAGAGUAAUGUGGGCGAUUUAGAGUUGUUGAAAGGAAUGUGUUUUUGGAUGAGAAGGAAUUUGGAGGUGUUAGAGACGGAAAAUAGGGAGAUGAAGCAAUAUUUGGAGGACAUGAGAUUGGGAGUUUCAGCGAGGAAUUCGCGCAGGGAGGCUAAUGGUCCUGUUAAGAGAGUGGUGCCACGUUCAAUUGGUAGUCUUGAUGAGUUUGACCAGUGGAAGAGCAAGAAAAAUGAUGGAGAAGGAAAUGGGCAAAGAGAAUUGAAGAAGCCUGCAAAUAAGGUGACUAACUUGGAAAGUGAGUUACAGAAGGCUAUUAAAGCUGCUUCCUCUUAA